CUCUCGGCCUUAGCGCCAUCUUCUUGGGUGAGUGUAAUUGCUGCCUGUGUUCGGAUUCCGUGCACAAUCCAUUAACAUCUGAUCUCUGCACUUGCCAUCAUUACAGCAAACUAACUGUGGCCUUUUUCUCUUUGCCUGUAGAAACCUCUGCGCCAUGAGAGCCAAGUGGAGGAAGAAGCGAAUGCGCAGGCUGAAGCGUAAAAGAAGAAAGAUGAGGCAGAGGUCCAAGUAAACCGCUAGCUUGUGCACCCAUGGAGCCACAGGAGCAGAAAUAAGGAAAGCCAGAGGCCAGGGACGCUGGUACCAAUUGUUGGACUGCAUGCCUACUUUCUAGAGCUUGAUUCAAGGGCUCUAGACCAUCGCCAUCUGAUCGCAACGACCACCUUUGAAGAGACCUGCCUUGUUCAUACCAAAACAGUCCCUUUUGGUCCUUUGCCCUGGACCUGUGACUUUCGGGACUAAUUCUGUUUUCAUUUGUGGCUGGAUGUAACACGUGUACAAUAAAUCAUCUCUUCUGCUGUCUUAGCUGAAGAAAAAAAA